GCAGCCUGCAAGUUUCCCGUCACACCGGCGGACUGGUAAGGAGACGCGUGCGCAAGGUCGGAGACCUGGGAUGAACAAGUGACCCUCAAGAGUUCUUCAUCGUGUAUCCCGUGUCUCCCCGUCGAAACCAAGAUGAAGCUGGCGAUGGCGUUAGUUGGCCUGAGUGUUGUUGUGAUGGGUGUCUUGAUUUUCCAGGUCGUGCAUCAGGAAUUCCGCCUGAGUCACUUAAAAUUCCGCUUAGUGGAGAACUCGGCGCAGGUUACCAGGAAAGAGGAAGGCAUAGUCGAACUGAAAGCCAAAAUCUCCGAGCUGCAGAAAUCGCUGGACGACGUCAACACAAAGGUGGAACAACUGAAAAAGAAAAAGGCAGAAAUUGAAAAGUCAUCGGAGGACGCGGGUAAAAGUCUGGCGGCCUGUACCACGGAGAAGGAGAAGGCGGAGAAGACGAGGGAUAGUACAACUGGGGAAAUAGAUAAACUCAAAGACAAUCAUGAAGCGGCUAAAAGUAAAGCCCAGGAGAACAUUCAGAGCUUGAAAGAGGAGAUUUUUAAUAGAGAUAAAGCAGUCUGUGCCUUUCUUGAUACAACCAAGGACAAAGGACGGAAGUUGUGUGAAAAUCUUCAACAAUCACAGUGAAGUCACCUCAGAACUGUUCAACAAUGACUACCAACAUUUUCAGAAAAAUAUUUGUGCAUCCAAGUUUUGUAUCACCUCUAAGGUUAUUAUGGAAUAAUAACAAAAAAAGAAAAGAAAUUCUGUGCAUUCACUCAGAGAACAAGUAUACAGACAUGUGGAAUAGAGAAAUAGAAUUCAUUUCAUAUCAUAAGAAGGCAAUGAAGGUUGUAUUUGUAAUGUAUAAUGUGGGGAUCAUCCGACAAAAAUUCUAUGUGCUCAAAAUGUUGCGCCUAAUAUGAUGAUAUAACAAUAGAAAUAAGCAAUGUAAAUAAUAGAAAUAACUAUUUGGUUAGUUAUAGGGAAAGAUUAUGGUUUGGUUAAAGUGACCCUCGUAUCAACGUUUGCCACGUCUGUCUGAGCGUUCUGUGACAGUGUGUUCGAGCUGAAAUAACCCCUGCAGAAGCUGUUUAACUGCUAUGGUUGGGUACCUGAUGUGAAACACUGUAGUGUCUCCUUUUAUCAUAUUAUGUUUUACUAUUUUUUAGUUAUUCUUUCGAAUGUAAUAAAAAAUAGAAAAAAUGCACUUAUUAUUGUAACAAUGUACAACACUUUCAUUUUAGCUCAGGCAGUAAUGAAAAAGCGACCUUGCAGUUAUUUUGCACUGGUUUUAUGAUCGUGGAAACAAUAUUUUUGCUAAAAUAGUUCCUGUAAUUUCUUGUAGUAAAAUAAACCAGAUAGUUUUUUUAAAGGACACACGGACCCAGAUUUUAUUCAGUUUCUGUUUGGUUUUUAUAAAUUUGAUGUACUAUUAAUGCUUUGGGCCAUAAACAGCAGACCUUUAAGCAGUCUAGAAAAUAGAUGCAAUGUGUGUAAAAGUGUAAAAGCAUUGUAUAUAUCAGUUAAUACGACUCUGAAUAUAAAGGAAGCCAAAAUGAUAAAACAUUUUAGAUUUAAGAGGCAAAACCUAAAUUAUCACGUCUGUUCAAAUUAAUGCUCCUUUAACUCCCCCUAGUGCAGAACCUAGGUUAAGACAAAGCAUGUUACUGAUAUUGUGCUGAUACAACUGAGGAAACACUUUCUUACAGGGGAUCUUGUUUGGAGGAAACUAUUAAAAGUACAAUCUGAGUACACUGAACUUGUUACAAAACGUCUUGUAUGAAAUUAGAUUGCCAAAAGCAUUUAUUGUGGGUUUAAUGAGUGCUGUAUGGAUGUACAAUUACUAAAUAAAGCGUUUUGUGUUCCUAAAGUUCCUAUAAGUUAACAAGCGCAACCUUAUUAUUGCUCAUUUCUAAAUAUUGUUUUACCUUUACCUUUGCGUUCAUGCAGUUCCCUUUACCGGCUUCAGCUAAUCUGCAGGCAAGAUGCCUUUCCUUAUGGUUUCAUGAUAGCCUUGUAUUGAAAAUAACCUGUAUUUGUAAAGUAUAUAACGACACUGAAUCAAUUACAAACAUAUGAUAAUCACAAAUUAUUAUUAUAAAUAAUGCAUUAAUAUUCUAAAUGUUUUGUUUUGCUGUUGUUGUUCUUUUGAAAGUUGUUACAGAAAUAAUUGCUACCUCUCCUUCAACCUCCACCCACUUGCAAACUUUUAAAAUGUUAUCUUAUUAUCUUUUUAAUUAAUAUCCGAAUAGCUAAUCAUUUGGCACCAACUCAAAACAUUCUGGCAUGUAAACAUUUAAAUGACCUGCUCAAGUUAGAACUGAGCAUCAGAAUGAAGAAGGAAAGUGAUUUAAAUGACUCUGAAGGUGACAGGGUUGUUGGUCCCAGACAGGCAGGUGUGAGUAUUUCAGAAGCUGCUGAGCUGCACUCUUAGAAGGGAUGUGUUAAAAUUGACACAUCAUGUGUUAAAUUUUAACACAUGUGCUGCAUCAUAUUAGGGAAAACACAUGAUGUGUCAGUUUUAACACAAUUAAUGUGUCUGCUCCUUUAACACAUCUUCUGUGUUAAAAAAUGUAAACACAAGGAUGUGUUAUUUUGACACAAAGAUGUGUUAAAAUGUGUACAUUUCAAUUGUUUUU